AAAAAAAAUCUAUAGUCAGGUGACGAGUUCUUGUGACGGCUUCCAUUACAAGAAAUUUUUGCUUAAAAUCAACAAAAAAAUAUACAAAAAUGGCUCUCCAGGCUGCUGUGAAAGGAAAACUCAUCAGUGUUAUAGGAGAUGAAGACACGUGUGUCGGAUUUCUCCUUGGAGGGAUCGGCGAAAUUAACAAGAACAGACACCCAAAUUUCAUGGUAGUUGACAAAAAUACUCCAGUAAGUGAAGUUGAAGAUUGUUUCAAGAGAUUCGUUAAACGUGAUGAUAUUGACAUAAUACUGAUCAACCAAAACAUUGCUGAAAUGAUCAGGCAUGUGAUCGACUCACACACUGCACCAGUGCCAGCAGUAUUAGAGAUUCCAUCAAAGGACCACCCCUACGAUGCAUCCAAAGAUUCAAUCCUCCGUCGUGCUAAGGGCAUGUUCAACCCCGAAGACCUGUCAACAUUUGGUGCCGAAAACUUCGCAACAUAACUACUUUCUUUCUAAAAUGUAGUUUAGUUUUAAAAAAAAGAUGUAUUAUGUAUUUUAUCUCUAAUUAUAACAUUGUUAUUUAUAUGCUUAUUUAAUAAAACAAUUAAAAGUG